AUGAGCGCCUCAGAGGGUCGCGAGAGGAGCAGCUCGCUCCGCAGGGACCUCCAGAACGGCGUGCGCAAUUUGCGCAGCGAGCUCGCCCGCGGCGACGUCCCGGCGGACGCCACUGCGGCGUUCGAGGCACGUCUUUCUCACUUGGAAGCCACAAUAGCCCGAUUCCAGGAAGACACCGAGCGGCGCCUGGAGCUGCUGUCGCGCUCCGUGGCGCAGCUCACAAAAGUCCUACAGCGGGGGCCGGACGAGGAGGAGGCCGCGCCGCCGGACGACCCCGGGGACGCGCUCGUUCUGGAGGGCAUCGUGCAACGCGUCGAGAGCGACGAUUCCGACGGCGACGGCGCGCCCGGGAACGCGGCCCCGAAAGCCCUGCCGCCGCCGCGGGCCGGCGACAGCAAGGCGUAUCUGCUGAGUCAGGUCAAGCUGGGCCGGCUGUUUCAGAUAACCCACUUCUGUUCUAUCGAGGAGGCGAUGGUGGCGAUCCUGGGCGGCGACGGAGCGUACCGUCACACGCUGCGGUUCCAAUCCGGGAAGCGGCUGCAGGACAUGCCGCUGGACGCGAACAGCAUCCAGGAGACAGUGAGGGAGUAUCUGACGCCGAACUCGGCCAGAGACAUCGUCAACAAGGCCAAGCAGCUCAAGGCGAGCGUCGGCGAGCUGCGCCGGAAGUCCAAGCAGAGCAUGCACCGCGCGGCGCUGCUCUGGAAGACGACGAACCUGCGCGGAGAGACGCGCAAGCCCUUCGACGCGCACAAGAACGAGCCGCACAAAGGCGAGCUCUUCGUCAAGGAGGCCUUCAGGCACGACGUCACCUUCGCGAAGACCUGCCUGCUGCCGGACUCGGGGCUCAACUUCAAGUCGCGCGACACGCUGCUGGCCUGCCUGGUGCUCGCGUACAUCGAAAGCCUCAAGGACAGCGUGCCGGAGUUCGCGGCGACGAUGGGAAGGGAGUCGAAGAUCACGCCGGGAGCGCUCGCGGCGAUCCUGCACGAGGCGGACACCAUGUGCAGACCGGCGUCGAGGCCCGCGCACAGCCGCAGCACCACCGAGUGGCACGCGCGGCGCGCGCACCUGUACCACACGUACGUCGUGCCGACGUUCUCCACGCAGCUCGCAGCGCGGCUGUUCAUCGCCAAGGAGGAGGUGCUCAGCUGGCUCCCGGGCGUCGGGCCGGUCCCGCAGUGGGCGCUCGAGUCGGACUGCGGCGGCGCUGUGUCAGACGGGCCGCAGCACCGCGCGGCGCGCUCGGAGCGCGGCAGGAGCGAUGCGGGGGGCGGGCGCGAGCGCUGGCCGAUGGCGGACGUCGCGAGGUCGUCGGCGCGGACCGACCGUCUGCCGCGGCGGGAGUCCCCCCGGGGGUCUCGGCGGCGCGACAGCCCGCCGCGGAAGCGCCGGCACGCGGACUCGCGCGGCGGCUCGCGGGAGCGGCCCGCCGCGACGGAGGUCUCCACGAAGCGCCCGCGUCGGGAGGAGACCGCGGCCAAUACCCCCUCCCGCGUCGCGCGGCGGCGACAGCGUCGCCGCCUCGCGGCUCCACGACACCGCAGCGAACGUCGGGCCGACGCUCCGGGUGAACGCGUUCCCCGUGGGGCUCGCGAAGGAGUCGGUCGGCGCGCCGCCGAGGAAGGGGGGGGAGUCUCUCGCUGCGUCAGACGCAGAGGAGGUUGCGCGGGGGGGCGGGAGGGCGCGCAUCGACGGCCACGGCGGCGACGAGCCCAGCUGCGAUUCGGGCGAGCCGAUGCGGGCCACCGCGCCCGCGCCGGCCGCGGCGGGGGCUGUGGACGACGCGGGGGGGGAGAAGGCUGGAGAGGGGGGUGUGGCGGAGGUGUCGUCGUCGCUGGACAUCGACGGCGAGGAGGAGUGGGUGCAGUUCUGAGCGGCGGGCGACGACGCCGACGGGCUGCCGCGGCGGCUGACAGCAAUGAGUCACGACAAAAGGAAGGGGGGGGGGGAGUUAAAUCAAUCAGUACGCUUUGUUUGUAA